CACCACAGAGAGGAAGAGAGAGAGAGAGAGAGAGAGAGAGAGAGAGAGAGAGAGAGAGAGAGAGAAUGGAGGCGGGUUAGUUCCCCGCGAAGGCGUCGUUGAGGCCAUGUGGUAACGGAUUCCGGCGUUGCCUACAGGAGAUAGUCGGGCCAUCGAUUCCGUGAGGGUUCUUUUGCCUGAAAGGAAGCGAGCCAGGAUGGCUUCACCUCAACAUGUUGAAAUUGAGGCUGCAAAAUUUCUUCAAAAAUUGAUUCAAGAGUCGAAAGAUGAGCCUGCCAAGCUAGCAACAAAGCUUUUUGUGAUAUGUCAACACAUGAAGAUGAGUGGGAAGGAACAGUCUUUACCUUAUCAAGUCAUAUCCAGGGCCAUGGAAACCGUAGUUAAUCAGCAUGGCCUUGACAUUGAGGCCUUAAAGGCAUCUCGCCUGCCAUUUCCUGGUGGAGCUCAGUCUGCAGGUCCUGGAGAUGUAAGGUUGAAAGAUAGGGAUGGAGCAGAAACCUCGACACCUCAUGGAGGCGGUAAUGAUUCAUCUGUUAAAAUUGGGCAGGUUGCUUAUGGAGGUAAAUCAAAGGAAGUUUCCCAUGGUUUUACUCAGAAUAUUGGCGUUAUGCAAGAUCAGAGGUCUUUUUUUCCUGAGAAUAAUAUGAAUAGGAAUGGGAACACUAGUUCUAUGCGGCCAUUUAUUGGAUCAGGCAGAAUGGAAGGUGUGGGCCAUGAUGAUGUUGAUCAAGGUUCUAUGUCUCAAAGAGAACAUGAUAGUGCAGCAAAUAUGGUUUUAGAGGACACAAGAUCUGGAAAUUCACAGGAAAAACACGACUCAUUGAACACAGAGAAAUCAGAUAUUUCUAAAGGUUCAAAAGAGAGCAAAAAAGCCAAUGCAAAGAGAAAAAGGGCAGAUUCUGCACUUGCUAUGAAAGAUAUUUCUCAAAAUCAAAGUUCUCAAGAUGCUGCAAACAACAUGGACAUGAUUUCCAAGAAGGGCAAGUUAACAGCACAUGGUCAAGUUGAAGAUAGAAGGAUGGAUCAAGGAACCGUGGCUCCUAUUCAGCAUACUGAUCAUUUGGAGCAGCUCUCUUCAUUUACUGGUGGCAAAGAAACACUUUUUAGAGUUAGUAAAGAGGCCUUCCAGAGCAGGAUGAACAGCUUAAAUUCACACUUGAUGAAUAUGAGACAACCAGAAGAAGGGGAAGGAUCAUCUGUUAAUGGGGCUUCUUCUGCAGCUAAAGGAAGUUCUCUGCAGCUGCGACUUGAUGCAACAGGUUCUAGAGGAUUGUGGAAUCAAACCAAAGUGGGAUUCUCUUCUGGAAUUUCUCAAGGUUCACUAAUGGCAACAGAUACUGUUUCUUCUUGUGCACCUGAAGAUCGGAUGCCUGGUUUUUCUCAACAAACAUCUGAAGGAACUGUUUUCAACAAGGGUACUGGUUUUCAUUUGCCUAAGGGAAAGGACAACAUCUUGGGAAAUAGCAAUGCAUUUGACAACGUGGAUACUAAUGCCUUUGUGAAAGCAAAAGGUGACACAAGCACAGUUGAUAGUUGCAGUGAAUCAAAUCUCCAGAUUGAAAUGGGAAGGGCGAGGAGCAUGGGAUCCAAGGAUGCAUCAAGACCUCCUUUUGUGCCGCAGGCCACAUCCAUGGUUGACUUGCCUUUCAAGGAACAACAUCUUAGACAACUCAGAGCCCAAUGUCUUGUCUUCCUAGCUUUCAGGAAUGGUCUGGUACCCAGAAAGCUGCAUCUUGAAAUUGCCCUGGGUGAAAGGUCUCCAACAGAAGAUGCAAGUUCUAAGUUAAUGAGUCAUCAGAGAGUGAAGGAAUUACCUGGGAUAGGCACCAGCCAAAAUCAUGACAUGAAGGAUCCUUCUGGGAUGGAUCCAAGUCACAAUCAUGAAUCUGGUUGCAUGCCAACAAAUACCAUCCGCGAAACAGAAAGAGAUAUGAAUACUAACAGAAAUCAUGCUGGUUGUUCUCCAUCUGGAACCCUUUUGGAGACGGAGGCAGCAUCUAAAGAAAUCGAGAGUGUUAAGAAGAUAAAUAGCAAAAGAUGUCCUCCUGAGCGUUUGCCAAUAAGUGAAGAAAGAAAGAGGCCUUCCUCUGCAAGAAAAAAAACUGAACCUGAGACAGAAUAUCAGGAGACUGCAGAAUCAAAUGUAAAGGCAUCCGCCCAAUCAGCAGUUGACUCACUGAAAUCAACCGAAAGAAAUCCUUCUGAGACUUACCCAGAGAACCAAUUCCACCAAGAUGGAAAUCAACAACUGGAAAAGUUUGAUCAUAACCAGCCCUCUAUGUCAAUUAAGAUUAGACAGCCAGAACAUGCUGUGACUGGAUUGUCUACUUUUAUGGUUCCUAAUGAAACUCAGCAGUCAGCAUUGUCUUUUACCUCCACACAGAAAUUUCAUCCAAGUAUUUCUCAUACUUCUUUAGCCCAGCCUCAAGCAGUCAUGGGGAGCACAGAACACCAAUCUGACUCAUUGAAUGCUGUUUCAACUUCUGGAAAAUGGGAGCCAUCUUCUAUGCCCUUGAAAUCUCAAACAUCUAUAAAGUACUUUGAGCAUGAUGGUAACAAACUUGAAUCUGCAAGGCAUGGUGGUGUUUUAUGUGAAAAUGAGAUCACAGGGAAUAGUCUGUCUGCUGCCUCAGGUUCCAGCUACACUAAGCUAGUUAAUGGUUCUGAUGAACAAAGAGCUUUCAGCAAUGAAAAGCAGUAUAGCGGGUUUGCAAUGAACUCUACUCAGAAGCAUGGACAGCCACUUGUUUCUGGAGAAGCGUCUGGUGAUCAAGAAGCACAAGAUGCAGAUGAAGAAGAGGAAGAGGAGGUAGAGGAGGAUAUUAGUAUUGAAGCUGAUGAAAGACCAUUCUCUCCACCUAAGCAGACUAUGCUAGAAAAGUGGAUUAUGGACAUGCACAAAAGAAAGCUCCUCGAAGAACAAAAAUGGGCAUUGAAGCAAAGGAAGGCGGAAGAGAACAUGGGAGCUCGUGUUGUUGAGUUGAAGGAAGUUGUUAGUUCCUCUAACACUACUUCGUCCAAAACAAAAAGUGUUAUCGAGCUUAAAAAACUGCAACUUCUACAUCUGCAACGUCGUAUGAAAAGUGAGUUUCUUCAUGACCACUUCAAACCUAUUAUGUCUGACAUGGACCGCUUGAAAACAAUUAAGAAACACAGACAUGGGAGAAGGGUUAAACAACUGGAAAGAUAUGAGCUGAAAAUGAGGGAGGAGCGGCAAAAGCGCCUUCGAGAGCGUCAAAAAGAGUUCUUUGGUGACUUAGAAGCACACAAGGAGAGAUUGGAUGAUUACUACAAAGUUAGAAGGGAGCGGUGGAAGGGAUUUAAUAGAUUUGUGAAGGAGUUUCACAAAAGAAAAGAUAGGAUCCACAAGGAAAAGAUUGAGAGGAUCCAACGGGAGAAGAUAAAUCUGUUAAAGAACAAUGAUGUGGAGGGAUAUCUACGAAUGGUUCAGGAUGCAAAAUCUGAACGUGUCAAGCAACUGCUUAAGGAGACCGAAAAAUAUCUUCAAAAACUUGGUGCUAGACUUCAGGAAGCAAAAAGUGUGGGAAUGGAUGACUCCAGAUCAGUAAAUGCAACAGAUAAAAGUGAGGUUCCUAUGCAAAAUGAAGAUGAAACAGAUCAAGCUCAGCAUUACUUGGAAAGCAAUGAAAAAUACUACAAAAUAGCUCACAGUAUAAAAGAGAGCAUAAAUGAGCAGCCUAACAUUCUUCAUGGUGGGAAGUUAAGGGAAUACCAGAUGAAUGGUCUCCGGUGGCUUGUUUCGCUCUACAACAACCAUUUGAAUGGAAUCCUUGCAGAUGAAAUGGGUCUUGGUAAAACUGUUCAGGUUAUCUCUUUGAUAUGUUAUUUGAUGGAGUCAAAAAAUGACAGAGGACCAUUUCUUGUGGUAGUACCUUCUUCUGUUCUACCUGGAUGGGAUUCAGAAAUAAACUUCUGGGCCCCCAGUAUCAACAAAAUAGUGUAUUCUGGUCCUCCUGAAGAGCGGAGAAAAUUGUUCAAGGAACGGAUUGUUCAUCAGAAAUUCAAUGUCCUAUUAACAACAUAUGAAUAUUUAAUGAACAAACAUGAUCGGCCAAAACUAAGCAAGAUACUUUGGCACUAUAUUAUUAUUGAUGAAGGGCAUCGCAUAAAAAACGCGUCUUGCAAACUGAAUGCAGAAUUGAAGCAUUACCAGAGUUCUCACCGCUUGUUGUUAACUGGGACCCCUCUUCAGAACAACCUAGAGGAACUGUGGGCUCUACUCAACUUCCUCUUACCAAACAUUUUCAACUCUUCAGAAGAUUUCUCGCAGUGGUUCAACAAACCUUUUGAGAAUGGAAAUGAGAAUUCUCCUGAUGAAGCUUUACUGUCAGAAGAGGAAAAUCUUUUAAUCAUAAACCGGCUACAUCAAGUUCUUCGUCCUUUUGUGCUUCGAAGGUUAAAGCAUAAGGUUGAAAAUGAGCUGCCUGAAAAGAUUGAAAGAUUGGUAAGGUGUGAGGCAUCUGCUUAUCAGAAGCUUCUAAUGAAGAGGGUGGAAGAAAAUCUUGGUUCCAUGGGAACAUCAAAGGGUCGUUCAGUCCAUAACACUGUCAUGGAGCUCCGAAACAUAUGCAAUCAUCCAUAUCUUAGCCAGUUGCAUGCAGAUGAGAUUGACAGUCUGUUACCUAAGCAUUUCCUGCCUCCACUUGUGAGACUUUGUGGUAAGCUGGAGAUGCUGGACCGUUUGCUGCCUAAGUUGAAAGCGACUGGCCAUCGGGUUCUAUGCUUCUCUACUAUGACCAGGUUGCUUGAUGUCAUGGAGGAGUAUCUCUCAUGGAAGGGUUACAAGUAUCUUCGCUUAGAUGGACAUACUUCAGGAAACGAACGCGGGGUUCUCAUUGAGGAAUUCAACAAAGCUGAUUCUACUGCAUUUAUAUUUUUGCUGAGCAUUCGUGCAGGAGGUGUUGGGGUUAACCUUCAAGCUGCAGAUACCGUUGUGAUAUUUGACACAGAUUGGAACCCUCAGGUUGACCUACAAGCACAAGCUAGGGCUCACAGGAUUGGUCAGAAAAGAGAUGUUCUUGUUCUGCGAUUGGAGACGGUAAGAACUGUUGAGGAGCAAGUGAGAGCUGCUGCAGAGCACAAACUCGGUGUGGCCAAUCAGAGCAUUACUGCUGGCUUUUUUGACAAUAAUACCAGUGCGGAAGAUCGAAGGGAGUAUUUGGAGGGGCUGCUAAGGGAAUGUAAGAAAGAAGAAGCUGCUCCUGUAUUGGAUGAUGAUGCACUUAAUUAUCUUUUGGCUCGCAGUGAAUCUGAGAUUGAUGUCUUUGAAGCAGUUGACAGAAAAAGGCAUGAAGAUGAGAUGGCUUCAUGGAGGAAGCUUCUACAAGCACAAGGCAAGGAUAUCUCUGAGCUCUUGCAGAUGCCUUCUCGACUUGUGACAGAAGAUGAUUUGAAACCAUUUUACCAAGCGAUGAAGAUAUAUGAAUCAUCCAAUGCACCAGUAAAGCAAAAAGGCGAGUACCUUGCUGUUUGUGACACCCAGCAGUAUGGGAGGGGGAAACGAGCUAGAGAGGUCCGUUCGUAUGAAGAUCAAUGGACUGAAGAGGAAUUUGAAAAGCUCUGCCAGGUGGAUUCUCCUGAAUCGUCACCACCCAAAGAAGCAACCCCUGAUGCUCAGAAGGCCAAGGAUUCAGUGCCUUCAAAAGUCGAGAAAGUGGAAGAGCAACCACCAUCAAAAAGAGGGCGAGGCAGACCGAAGAGAGUGGUUGAAAAUUCUCCUUCAAUUCCUGGAGCACCAGUUCAAUCUGUCUGCAAAUUGGAAAUGGUGACUGAAAGCGUGCAAAAUCCUGAUAUUUCUACUGGUGCAAGUCCACUUCCUUCAGCCUCACUCAAGGGGUCAGUCAGAAAGACUGCACUUGCAUCAGACACUAGGCAGCGUCCGCUAAAGCAUAGUGUUCCUACUUUUGAAGUUAACCAGGUACCUGGACCUAUAAAAGAGGUCAAUCCAGUUCUAGAGAAGACCUCAAGGAUUUUUGUGUCACAAGAGAAUGCGUGGCUAAACAAACCAUCAAAAUCAAUUACUUCCCUUUGUCACAAUGAUAACGAAGGUUCGGAGCCGAAAAAACCAGCUGACUUGGUUUCUGUUAGGGUUCCCAGUAUAGCCCACAUUGAAGAUAAGAACAUCAGUAUAUUACCUGGACCAAUUAGCAGGGAGUCCAUUAAGGAACUAAUUCCUGACAAUACGAGGGCUGCUCCUGCAGGCAAAGAUGGAGUCUCUUCUAAAUCUCAAGUAUGUGAAAGCAAUGCUCGUUUGUUGGAAACCAACAAGCAAGAUUGCACUGGGAAUGUAUCAAAAGUUAGUGGGACAAAAAGUAGAAAAGAGGGUCAGUCUUCAGCUAUUGUUACAACUUCACAAUCAUCCAUCUUGGGAAAGAAUUACAUGCAGAUUGGCUCCUCUUGUUUAUCAGGGAAGGCCAAGUCUGGUGCACAUGAAAAAUCAGUUCUUCCUACUCAAAGCCCUUUGUCUGGAGCUGUUGUUGGUGCCUCUUCUCUUCCAGAUACUGCCCCAAGCUCCGGUGGGAGCGGGAUUGAAAAUGAAAGGUCUGCCAGUGUUCCAGUUGACGAAACAAAGAAGCAAAGCAGCAUUCACAUUGAAAAAGCAUCAUCCCCGUGCCCUCAAGAUCCAAAAUACAGGGCCUCAUCUACGUGCAGCAAUCCACAAGAGAAUUUCACUGAGUUUCAGUCAUCUGGGCAACCAAGAGGCAAUAAUUUAGAUGAGAAAAAGGCCAAAGUUUUGAGCUGUGAUACCUCAGGAUCUAAGCUUAAGGUUUCUGCUGAAAGUAAAGAUGAACAGGUGCAUCAUGCUCCUGCAAAGCGUAAAUCCUCUGGGGAAGCCAAAACACGUAAUCCCUCCAGCAGAAAGCACUCAAAAUGUGUGACGAAAUAUCCAGUAUCCCAGCCUAUCUUUUCAACAACUGAGGUGCCAAGUCCUCAGCCAAAGGUUGGUUCUGAACAUCUUAGACCAACUGAUGGUAAAUCUACUGCAACAGAGAAGAGCCCUGCAGCAACAAUGCCUAUCCAAACUCGGGGACUAAAAGGUCAAUUGAAGGAAGGUUCUGAACCUUCACCAUCAACUGAAGUGAAAGCUGCUGCAACCAAGGGUUCUAUAGCAGCGACUCCUGACCAGACUGAGGCAUCAAAAGACCAUCCAAAGGAAGGUAAUCAAUCUGUAGUAUCAGUUGAAGCAACUGGAACAAUAAUUAAGAGUUCUGCCUCGCUUGUACGUGAUCAAAGUGGAGGAGUAAGAAGCCAGCAGAAGGAACCAACACAAGGUUCUGGAUGUGUAUCAUCAACCAUAGGGAAUCCUGCUGUACCUGAGAAGACUGCAGAAAUGACACCUGUCCAAUCUGAGGCAAAAAUGAAACCAGUUGCAGAUAAAAGUGGUGUAGCUAUAGCAUGCAAUCAAACUGGGGAACUGAAAAUUCAAUCAAAAGGAGUUUCUGCAGCUUCACCAAAUGAAAGGAAACCAGCAAGAAGAAGAGGUGCUGGGGUGCAUGGUCGGCGAGGAUCACUGAGAAGCCAACUGAAGGAAGGUUCCGAAUGUGCACCAUCAACUGAAAAGAAAUCUGCUACCCUGGAGCAGAACCCUACAGCAAGAGUGCAUGAUAAGACCGAGACACAAAUAAAACAUCAAAAGGAAAUUUCUGAAUGUGCACCAUCCGUUCUAGGUAAACUUGCACCUAGUGAAAAAGGUCCUGCGGCUGCAGUUCAUCCCCAAAUGGAGGCAUCGAGGAGCCAGCCAAAAGGUCCUCGAUUGGCAACACCAGUUGAAUGGAGGGCUUCUGAAAAUGAGAAAGAUCUGGCAGCAAUAAUGCGUAAUCAUGCUGAACCACUACAAAACCCGGCAAAUGCAGGUUCUAAAUGUGCAUCAGGUGAAGAAAAGUUGGUUGCAAUUGAAAAAGGUAGAGAAAAACUACAUAUCCAAGCCGAGGAACCAAGAAAACAACCAAAGGAAUCAAUUCAACCAGUUGAGGUGGAAUCUGCUAAAGUUAAGGAGGACUCCGCAGCAAUUUCACCACUGCAAAGCCAGUCGAAGGAAUGUUCUGAAUAUGCAUCAGGUGAAGGAAAGCCUGUUGCUCAUGAAAAGGCUUCUGUAAAAAUAUUGCAUGACCAAGCUGAACCAAGAGACCAUUCAAUUGGAUUGGCUAAAGUGGACUUUGGUACAUCUGACAAGGAUCCUGCAGCAAUAUUGACGAUCCAAAGCCUGCCAACAGCAGGUUCUGACUCUGCAUCAGGUGAAGGAAAGUCUAUUGCAACUGAGAAGAGUUCUGCAGAAACAUUGCUUAACCAAACUGAGCCAACAAAGCAACCUAAGGAAUUGGCUCAGUUAGAAACUGCUACAACUAAGAAAGGGUCUGCAACAGCAUUCCCACUGCAAAGCCAGCCAAAUGCAGGUUCUGAAUGUGCAUCAGGCGAAGGAAAAUCUGUUACAAGCAAAGACAGUCCAGCAGAGGUAUUGCAUAACCAAGAUGAGAAACCAAGGAAGCAACUAAAGGAAUUGUCUCAAUCAGUUGAGGUGGAUUCUGCUACAACCGGAAAGGAUUCUUCAACAAAAUUGUCAAUGCAAAACCAGUCAAAGGGAGGUUUUGAAUGUUCAUCGGGUGAAGUAUUCUGCAGCACAAUUGCCAUUACAACUGAAAAGAGUUCUGCAGAAAUACUGCAUGUUGAAACUGAAUCACCAAGAAAGCAACCAAAGGAAUCAGGUAAAUCAGUUGAGGUGGAAUCUGCUACGAACAAUUCUGCAGCAAUAUUGCCCCUACAAGGUCAGACAAAGGUAGGUUCUCAAUGUGCGUCAGGUGAAGGAACUGCUGUUGCAGCCAAAAAGGGUUCCGUAGAAGUAUUGCAUAAUCAAAAUGAGGCACCAAGUAAUCUACCAAAGGAAUUGGCUCAACCAGUUGAGGUGGAAUCUGCUAUGCCUUUGGACUCUGCAGCCAUGUUUCAUGAUCAAGCAGAUAAGACUGUAGCUCAACCGAAGGAAAGUCCUGAAAGUGCAUGGUUUGUUGGUGGCAAACCCUUUCCAUGCCCUUCCCCUAUAGUACUCGAACUAAGAAGUCAACAAGAGGAUGAUUUAACAUGUGCACCAACUGCUGAACUGAAAUCUGAUACAAUUGGUAAAGAUAUUCUAGCAGUUGGGCUUCAUGAGAAAGUCGCUGAGCAAGAUACCAAGGUUUGUCUCAACAAUGUUGAAAACAUGCUGGUGCCAGCUCAUGAUGGAGGGAGCCUGUCUCCCAGCAGCCUUCCAUCAGCAUCUCAUGAUGUCCAGAUGGCUGACCCAUCUAGCCUUCUUCAAGAGGGGACUAAGGCGAGUGAGAAAAAUGAGGAAGCUAAUAAUUUGACUGUUGUUCCCCAAGUUAAUGCGGGAGCAGCAAGUUCAGAUUUACUUACUGAAAAGGUAUCACCAACAGUGAGCUCUAUCCUGGAAGUUCAUCCACGAUCAUCCAGUGUGGUGGACAACGAUGUCCAAUCUAGUCAAGCCAGUAUUACUGUUCAUGAGCAUGAAGCACCAUUUACUACUGCAUCUGACCAUACGGUUGCUGUUUGUAUGUCUACAGCUGUUGUUAAUGCCAUUGAUGCAACAAAACUUCAAAGCGAGUCGGUAGAAAUGCUUUUGCAAGCCAAGACAGUUGAGUCAUCAGAACAAGCUGCCGUUGAUGAUGACAAAGAUCUUCAACAAAUUGACAGGAUGGAACUGAGCAUGCCUCCAAAAAUUUCCAUGGAAGUUGUCUCUGCAGAAGUGCUUGGCAUAGUUGAUGUAUUAUCACGUAACUCUGAGGAAGCUGCUCUUGUUAAAUUAACUGAGGGUGAUGCUACAUCAACUGAGAAAGCUCCUUUUGUUGAAUUAACUGAGGGUGAUGCUACAUCAACUGAGAAAGUUCCGUUUGUUGAAUUAACUGAGGGUGAUGCUGCAUCAACUGACAAAGCCGCUCUUGUUGAAUUAACUGAGGGUGAUGCUGCAUCAACUGAGAAAGCUUCUCUUGUUGAAUUAACUGAGGGUGAUGCUGCAUCAACUGAGAAAACUGCUCUUGUUGAGUUAACUAAUGGUGAUGCUGCAUCAACUGAGAAAACUGCUCUUGUUGAGUUAACUAAUGGUGAUGCUGCUUCAACUGAGAAAACUUCUCUUAUUGAAUUAACUGAGGAUGAUGCUACUUCAGCUGAAGCUCAGCAGCCUUCAGGGUUGAAAUUACUUGAUGAUGGUCUGGUUGUUCCAAAUGCAUCCAGCAUGUUAAGUAGUCAUGACAGGGUGAUAACCACCGAUAGGUCUAUUGUUCAUACAAGUUCAUCAGAUGGCAUUGAAUUAGGCUCUGCACCUUCUUUGUCUGGAAAGGAGGCAGCUGUCCUUCACACGUUUCUUGGUAUCUGCGAGAAUUCUAAUAAAAUGGUCGUAUCCCAGGAAGCCGUUGUCGAUAAUAAUGAUUUAGGAGCUACUGAACAUGCUAUAAGCGUUCAAGAUAUGAAACCAAUGGAGGACGAUAUUAGAACUUUAGAAGAUGGUAACGAAAAUGAUCUCAUUUCCAAAACUGAAGAAUGCCAUCCUGGCAAACCAGAUGCAUCAGUUGGCAGCGAGGUUCAUCAUCCUGAAGGUUCUGGUAAUGAUACAGUUGUAAAAAAUGCUGAAAAGGAUGAGAAUCUUUCAUCUACAAGUGCUUCUCAGUGUACAGCUCCUAGAGUUGAUGAGGCCCCUGAAUCAACAUGUCAUGUGGACUCUAAACUAGUGGGGGAAGAUGUUUUUGCAUCAAAAGUUGAUCAUGUUAGAUAUGUCAAGUCAACUGAACCUAGUCUUGAACCUCAGCAUCUGGAAUCUGCAGGGAAUAUUUUUUCGGAUGAGAAAUCUGAGGAAGAAGUCACUUCUUUCAUUCCUGAAGUUGCAAAGGAUAACACCAUUCCUGGUCUGAAAGGGCAUCAUGACUGUGUUCAGGAGAAUUUUUCAAAAACUGGAGAACAACUUGAGCAGUCAUUGUCGCCUGGAAAAUCUGAUGAUGUGGGUGGCUGUAGUUUGGAGGCAGAACAUACGUUGGCUUCUCAAACCAGUGAUACUGUAGCAGAUUUCCAAACGGUUACAGUGAAAGAGGGUGAUGAACGAAAAGAUAGUGAUCCUCCCGCCAUCUCAUCCCCUUCAGGGUCAGAACUGCUGCAUGCAGAAUCUAGAGCAGUUACGGGUGUGCCAGAUGAAAUAUCUGCCCAAGGCAACAACAGCUCGUCUCCAAAAGUAUCACAGGAUGAGAGACCUGUAUUGUCUGGAGAUCAUGCUCUCCUGACAGGGAGCUUGGUUACUAGUGAUGACGACAAUGUCGGUAUAGCAAGUGUCCUUCCAGUGGGCGAAGAGGUGAGUAUAACAGGAACUAGAGGCAAUCCCCCUCCAGAAGCUGAAGAAAAGGUCAGUGCAAAUGAAACCAGUGGCAGUCCCAACCUGGAAGUGGAUAGCGUGGAUGUGGAACCUCGGCAACCUAAAUUAUCAGGAGGCAGUCUUUGUGAAGACGAGAUUUCUGUGCCCAUAAAUGUGCCUGAUGACAGUAGGCCAGUACCUGCCAUGGACGAAAAUGGUAGUACUUGUAACAUCAUUAUGCAUGAGAAUGAAAAGAUUGGUGAAGGUUCAGAUGACCUGUCUAAUAUUCCACAUGGAAGCAGUUGUGAGCCCGAGAAUUUGCCUGCAAAUGCAACUGAACUGCCGCUUGACAAGAGAAGUGAUGAUGAGUCUGGACUGAAUGACCUAAUUUCAGGAGGUAGCGAGUUGAAUCAACUGCCUGUAGGACCUAUCAACGAUGAUGCUGAAAAAGGCCAUGUUGAAAUAUCUCCUCCUGAGAUGGCAGUUUCUGCAGCAGCAGCUGCUGAAGCGAUUGCCGGAGAUCCACAUGGAAUCAGUUGUGAGCUUGAGAAUUUGCCUGCGAAUCCUAGUCACAAUCACCUAACAAAUGCAACUGGACUGCUGCUUGACAAGAGAAGUGAUGAUGAGUUUGGACUGAAUGACCCAAUUUCAGGAGGUAGCGAGUUGAAUCAACUGCCUGUAGGACCUGUCAACGAUGAUGCUGAAAAAGCUCAUGUUGAAAUAUAUCCUCCUGAGAUGGCAGUUUCUACUGCAGCAGCUGCUAAAGCGAUUGCCGGAGAUCCACAUGGAAUCAGUUGUGAGCUUGAGAAUUUGCCUGCGAAUUCUAGUCACAAUCACCUAACAAAUGCAACUGAACUGCCGCUUGACAAGAGAAGUCAUGAUGAGUCUGGACUGAAUGACCCAAUUUCAGGAGGUAGCGAGUUGAAUCAACUGCCUGUAGGACCUGUCAACGAUGAUGCUGAAAAGGGCCAUGUUGAAAUAUCUCCUCCUGAGAUGGCAGUUUCUGCUGCAGCAGCUGCUGAAGCGAUUGCCGGAGAUUGCAACAAAGCUGAUAAACAAGAAAACCUUCCUGAAAGUUCUGAGACAGCCGACGGUGAUGCUGGCUUAUGUGCGGAUCCUGCCAUGGUUGCUUCUGGAAACGAACAAGAGAAGGAAUCAAUUUCUCCUAGCCAACUUGCUGCAAGUAACGAGUCCGGAACGAUGGCUUGCAUACCCGAGUCUGCUAACCAAGCGAAAGAAGCAUCGAAUUCUGAAAGUGAAGCUGUGAAUCCUGUUCUUGACGGCUCAACUACCAAUUUAGAUGAAUCAUGAGCUGUGAAAUAAACAUUUUUUGUAAAAUAUGUAAGAAGUAUAUUCCCAAAGUCUGUCCCCAAGUAGAAUUAAAUUCCCAAUAGGAGACCUUGGUCGAGCAGGUGCAUUAUUUGUUUUACUGCAACCAAGGUAACAAACUGCUAUAAGGUUAACAAUCAUAUAAAUGAAAACCUCCGGGGAUGCUCAUUCAAAACAAAAAACCAGGUCUGCCAA